AUGUAGUAUACAAAAAUGAGUCUGAACAAGAGAUUGUCGAGAUCAGAGUUAAAUGACAGCAAAGGUAUUGUAGAGAAGCCGUGUUACUUUUGCAAUGAACUGUUCGAGUUGGGAAAACUUCAGCAACACCUGAAAGACUGUGGAAGUAUCCUGGAGGAGUGCCCAUUGCGAUGUGGCGCCUGGAUACAGAGGAAACACAAGGAGAGCCACGUGACGGAAUGCCGGAAGAAAGACAGGACUACAAAAACAUACGAAAGGACGUGGAGUCCACAGCCACCCAUUCACACAUGGACCCCUGUGCCGGACGAUAGAAUAGCGCGACUAGAGAAAGAAAUCGACGCCAUCAAAGUGGCACUAGCAGAACAAGCCAGUAAACGAGACCUCCAAGGGACAGAUAUCGAGAAUCUGCGCUCCAAGUUACUGCUAAUUGAGGAACGAACCCAACACUUCAUCACCACACUGGUGGCGAUCAGAGCCACCGUUGAUGAUGAAUCGGAAAGGACGACGGAUUUUUCUGCACAAUUCAAACAUGACUUGGCUAACGUUCAGUUGGCACUGCAGGAAAUGCAAAACGAGCAGUUGAACACAGCGAUGCGGUUAGAGAGUGCCACCAACCAGCUGGUACACGAGCAGAGUGAGAGAGAACUACUGGAGCAGGCGCUGACACAUCAUGACAAUAGGAUCAGGGCAGUUAACAAGCUGGAGGACGUGAUAGAAUAUUUAAGACAAACAGUGGAAGAGGAAAGGGAGAGGAAUUCUGAGAGCCGUGCAGUUCUAGAAGCGGAGUUGAUUGAGGCACGCAGAUCGUCACAGCAGUUGGCACAUUUAUCAGCUCUGAGAGAACAGCUGCAGUCUGCUUCUACAUCAGACAGACCGGCAAUAGAUCGACUAGCAAUAUUAGAGGUAGCAACAGCGGAUGCCCGAGCGGAGGCGGCCGAGCACGCCGCCAAGAUGGACAUAGUCUUGAGAGACAUGAGGGCCCUCACCAAGUCCUACCACAAACUGCGCAGCGAGCUCGCUGACUUCCAGACGAGGGUCAGCUUUGAAAGACACGACACCAAAAGUGACAAUGGGCAUUUUAUAUGGCGAAUAGACAAAUUCCUAUCCAGAAUGAAAGAUGCCAAGGAGAAUAAUACAGUGCUCUCAAGUGCUCAUUUCAGAACGAGUAAAUUCGGGUACACUUUGAAGGCGGAGGUGCACCUGAAUGGCAUAGGACGGUGGAAAGGUCGCCACAUAACUUGCACGGUGCGGCUCGUAAUGGGACCCUACGACCCGUUGCUCGAGUGGCCGUGUGAUAUAACUGUUAAUAUAGUGAUGAAAGACCAGCCCGCUAAUAGGAAACAGGCAAUGGAUAUAGUAAAAACAUUACAAGUCCGGCGCAAAUCAGCAGUAAGCCGCCAUGAUUCAGAUGAUGAAGAAGACGACAUCUCCAAGUCCAACGAAGCUCUGGAUAAGAGCGUGGUGCAGCUCAAAAGGCAGUACAUAUUCUUCCCUCACACAAGUCUGGACAAGUUGGAGUAUAUAAAGAAUGACGUGAUGUUCUUAGAGUUUAUUGUAAAUAAGUAAAUUUCCGGGCGGAGAGUAUUGUGGUGACAUUUUAGGACGUAGAACUUUAAUUCAAGUAAUUAUAAUGACGUUUGAAGUUUUUAUGAACAUUUAUAUUAAUAAGAUGCAUUUAAGAUUGGAAAACCAGAGUGGUGGUACCACUCAUGCGUUGCCAUUCCGUAGUGUUCAUGUUUUUUUAGUGGAUGAUAAUGGAAUGGUGCACCUGCCUGCGCUAACGGUUUACACUUGCGGAGCAACAUUGGAGGAUGUUACAAUGAACAUGAGAGAGCCACCUAAUAUCGGAUAGAGUUUAAUUAAAUAUUUUUAAUAUGGAACAUAUUUUUUUUUAUUU